AUGAGAAAAAUUUUAUAAAUUUUAGCUAUUUUAGUUAUUUUAGCAGUAUGUUAUGGCGAAUUUGAACUCUAAAAUACCUUGACUAUCAGAGGACAAGUUAUCAGACAAUUUGAAAAAUCUUAGUUAAACAUGAAAGAUUCUAUUUAAGAUCAUUAAAACUCCUACAUUAGUCUUGAUGAUGGCACAUAAACAGCAUUUUUGACUGAAGAUGAUCAUUUUGUCCUUAAAGGAAUAACACCUGGCAAACACACUAUCGAAUUUACAUCCAAGUUAUAUUAAUAUUUUAAGAUCAUUGUAAUCUACAACCCUUUAAUUAGUGAUGAAGAUAAUCAAGUAACUAUCUACUCUAUUGAUCCAAACACAUACGAAAGAGUUUAGGAAUUUACUAAGCCUAACUAAGUUAUUAUCAAGCCUCUUUAAUCUAAAAUUAUAAGAUAUUUUGAAGAAGUUGAAGGCUUUAAUAUUAUGUCUUUAUUAAGUGGAUAAGGUAUCUUUAUAGUAGUAAUGAUUCUUAUGUACUUCUGUAUGAAAAAUGUAGAUAUGGAGAAGCUUUAGUAAUAAGCUUAAGAAGCCUAAUAAUCAUAAUCAGUACAAAGUUGA